AAAACCAUAUUCUCUCUCUUUCUCUCUCUCUCUCUCUCUCCUCUCCUCUUUCUCUCUCUCUCUCUCGCUUGCUCGGUCGUUCCGAAAGCUCAUAGCUCAGUCCCUAGCCUUGAAUCGGUGAGGUUUGGUUAAACGUUGCCAGCUGAUAAGGUUUCUUGGUGAAGCAGUUCGGUUACGUAGUUCUUGUUUGGCUGGUGAGAAAGUUCUAGCGCUUUUCCAGAUUGAGCCAACACGUCAAGAAAUUUCCAGUCUUUUAGGGCCCGGAUCCGAGAGCGAUGCCCAUGGCGCCAUCGCCGGUCGAACAGACUGGCGAUUCGGGUCCGGGGGAGUCGCAGAGAUCUCUUCCGACUCCGUUCCUAAUCAAGACCUACCAACUGGUUGACGACCCCACCGUCGACGACCUCAUUUCCUGGAACGACGACGGAUCGACCUUCAUCGUCUGGCGCCCCGCUGAGUUCGCUCGCGAUUUGCUUCCGAAGUACUUCAAGCACAACAACUUCUCUAGCUUCGUUCGCCAGCUCAACACUUACGGAUUUCGGAAAGUCGUGCCGGAUCGGUGGGAAUUCGCGAACGAUUGCUUUCGGAGAGGCGAGAAAGGGCUCCUCCGCGACAUACAGCGCCGGAAGAUCUCGCCGGUUGCGGCGUCUCCCACCGUUCAGGGUGUGACGGUGGCGGCACCUGCGCAUGCGGUGGCAGCACCGGCGCAUGCGGUGGCGUUCGCGGUUUCUCCGGCGAACUCCGGAGACGAGCAGGUGAUUUCGUCGAACUCGUCGCCGGUGAUAGCGGUGCACCGGAGCACGAGCUACGCCACGGCGCCGGGGCUUCUGGAGGAGAACGAGCGGCUGAGGAAGGAGAACUCGCAGCUGAGCCUCGAGUUAACCCAGCUGAGAGGCCUAUGCAAUAACAUACUCGGUCUGAUGACAAACUACGCGUCCGGUCAAUUAGACGGUACAGGAGCUUCCGUACCGGAGGGAAAGCCUUUCGAGCUUUUGCCAGCUAAGCAGGUGGUAACAGUUGCAGAGGACCGUGGGGCCCACCGGGCGGAGGAGGAUGACGACGACGACGAAGACGAAGAUCAGGACGACGAAACGACGACGCCGCGGCUCUUUGGUGUUUCAAUCGGGGUUAAGCGCGUAAGGACGGACGAGGAGGAAGGGCAGAAUAGGGAAACCAGGGAAAAUUCUCAAGAAAAAGAGUCCGGAUCAGAAGUGAAAUCAGAGCCGUUGGAUAGGAACUCUGAACAUCAGGAACCGCGCUGGCUGGAGCUUGGGAAAUGACGACGAUGAGCUCUGAUGUGAUCUGAUCUCAUUUCGAUGGUUUCCACGACCACGAGGGAACGAGCGGAUAACUCGUGGCUCACGUGAUGGCAAACUGUCACGUGACUCGAUGUUGUUGUAAAAAUAUGUAGAAGAAGCAACUCUGAACCGUUUGUAAAGCCUUCGUGGUGUGGAGAGUUUACUGUGACAGGUCGUUGUUGCUUGAGCACGCAACGCAGCCGUGGAAAAAGUAGCCCGACGGGAUUGGGAAAGGGCGCUGCGCGGACAGAUGGGGAAAGGGGGUGACUGCAGAGAGUACAAAAGUUUUGUGAAUUGUCAAGGUUUGGGUACUGAAUAUAAAAUAUAGACCAGCUAUCUAAUGGAAGAUAAAAAGUGGUAGGUAGGAUCCUUUUGCUUGAGCCUCUUUUAGCCUAACGAAAGCUUUCUCAUUUAUUUGGUCCUAAAUCCCCUGAUGUAGAUCGGUGGUGGUUGAUGUUUUUCUUUUCCUUCUUGGUUAUAAAUUAUAUUUAUAAUUAAUUGUAGGUACGGAAACGUUCUUAAUAAUCGGAAACGUCUGCUUAGGCAA